GACUUCGUUAUGAUGUUGUUUUAUGAUAAUUGUAGAUUGCGUCAGUGCAUUGAAUCAUUUUUUAAAAAUGACUGAAGCUCAGGAAAUUUUCUUAAUUUAUAUCAAUCGUUGAUUGAUGUUUUUACGAUAGUGAAGUUGGUUUUUCGUGUUAUUAAAUAUUCCGUCGUUCUCCUGUGUGUCUUAGACCUGCAUUUUGUAAUCAUAAUCAGGGAUGGAUUUAGGGAAGAUCUAGGCUCCCCUUCUGCUCAGGGAGUCGACCCAUUUACCAACCAGAGGGUCCCCCCUUUGAUAUUAUUUUACAUCCCUAUUCGGCCAACUAUUCUUAAAAGUUUUCAAAGGCUCCUAUAUGUAAAGGCCAAUAUGUACUAAUUUUACGCCAAACAAUCUUGUUAAAUUUUUCUAAAAGCGUCUUCGAAGCCAAUAUGUACUAAUAACUACCUAAAAGGCAUUUUGGCCUGUUUUUUCUAAAAACCGCCUUAGAUGCAGAACUUCUGGUAAAAAAAAGGUGUUUGUAGUUUUCUGGGAGUGCUCGGAAAAUCAAUUUGGGCGACUUAGAAAAAGGGUCGACAAAGUUUUGAAACUUUUUUUUCGAAAAUGAGGCACUUCCCCUCGAGAAAUUAUUAGAUCCGCCCCUGGUCGUAAUUUGCAAGUUUUUUAACGUAUAAUUCAAAAACUGAAGACUCGGAUUAUAGAACUAUUUAUUUCUUAUCGGACUCACAUUCCCUUGUUUUUUUCUUAAGUUUUGGAUGUCUUGGUUUUGAUGUUGUUCUUAAGUGUCUAAAACUGAGAUUUGAUACGAUAAAAUAUAGAAAUUAAAUUUGCAUGAGAAUUUUUUUGAAACUGCCCGUGUUCAGCCUCACGCUGUUUUAAAUAACAAAAAGCUCUCGAGUUGAUAAAAAUUAUUUAAAGUAAGUUAUAUGCACGUGGAGCUACUUGCUCACUAACUGUUGCGAAUCAGGUAAAUAAGUAUAUUUUUGAAAUACCUUUGAAUUACUUUCUUAUUGAGUUUUGAAGUACCUUUUCAUAUUCGAUUGAUAUUCUGGUUGAUUUGGUAUUGUGAACAAAAAAGUAUUUUAAUUGUUUGCUACAAUUUUUUUUAACUAUGACGAGAUCCGAAAAAAAAUAUUCAGCUGGCUCUAAUCAGACUGAGCCUGUCAGUUUUUUGUUUUCUAUUGUGAAAGCUGUUGUUUUCAAUAAGACAAAUACAGUUGCUGUGAAUAAAAAAUACAACAUAAAUGCAGAAAGUUGAAUUAAUAAUCAGCCCGUGAACAACGUUACAAUUAAUUUUUGUCCUCUAUUCGAAAUUACUUAAAACGAUUAUCAAUGUCAAGAUUUUAUUUAUGACGCUGUUUCAAACGAUGGAUUUCCAAUUUUGGUUGAUUUUUUUCUGCCUUUUGAUAACAUGGACUGCGUACGCGGAGUUGGAAGAGCCCUUUCUGCUGGGGUUCGGGCCAAAACACGGGGACUCGAUCAACAGCAAGCAACUAGAUGGGUGCUCAGAAGAGCAAGUUUUCAGCCACAGUUUUCGAAUCGGAUUCAAUCGAUAUAAAUCAACAUACGUUUGUAUGAAUGGAUAUCUGGCAUUUGGCAGACCAUACUACGCGUACGAUCCUAACAGUUUCAACAUACCAUACUCACCGCCACCUUGUGAUCCUCCAAUUAUUACUACUACGGCACCGUAUAUUACCAUAUCCAAUACGACUACGUCCAACAAUCUCACAAGCACUGAGGUUCCCUCCAACACGACUACGUCCAACAAUCUCACGAGCACUGAAACUCCAUCCAACACGACUACGUCCAACAAUCUCACGAGCACUGAGGCUCAAUCCAACACGACUACGUCCAACAAUCUCACGAGCACUGAGGCUCCAUUCAACACGACUACGUCCAACAAUCUCACGAGCUCUGAGAUCCCAUCCAACACGACUUCGUCCAACAAUCUCACGAGUACUGAGGCUCCAUCCAACAUGACUACGUCCAACAAUCUCACGAGCACUGAGGCUCCAUCCAACACGACUACGUCCAACAAUCUCACGAGCACUGAAGUUCCAUACAACACGACUACGUCCAACAAUCUCACGAGCACUGACGUACCGAACAACGCGACAUCAUUCUCCAAUCUCACGAGCUCUGAGGCGCCAAACAGCAACACUACGUCCUUCAACACUGAAGACCCCUUCAACACCUCGGCUUCUGUUGUGUACACCAGCUCAGAGAUGAGGUACAGCACUGAAGUGCCACUCAAUUCCUCGACGUCAUUUGAGUAUGCCAGCUCUGAAAUGCCAUACAAUACUGAAGUACCACUAAACAUCUCAACCUUCUAUCAAAACGCCAGCUCUGAGAUGCCAUACAGCACUGAAGUGCCACUCAAUGUGUCGACUUCCUAUGAGUAUGCCACCUCGGAGAUGCCAUACAGCACUGAAGUGGCUCACAACACCUCGUUGUUCUAUGAGUAUUCAAGCUCUGAGAUGCCAUACAGCACUGAAGGAACCUUUAACACCUCGACUUCCUCUGAGUUCGCCAGUUCUGAGAUGCCAUACAGCUCUGAAAUGCCACUCAAUACCUCGACGUCGUUAGAGUAUGCCAGCUUUGAAAUGCCAUACAGUACUGAAUUGCCAGUAAACACGUCGAUAUCUUCUGAGUAUGCUAGCUCUGAAAUUCCAUACAGUACUGAAUUGCCAGUAAACACGUCGACAUCUUCUGAGUAUGCCAGCUCUGAAAUGCCAUACAGCUCUGAAGUGCCAGUAAACACCUCGGCAUAUUCUGCGUACGCUAGUUCUGAGACACCAUACAGCAGUGAAAUGGCAUUCAACGCCUCGACGUCCACUGAGUACGCAAGUUCUGAUAUGCCCUAUAGCUCUGAAACGCCCUUCAAUACCUCGACGUCGUUUGAGUAUGCCAGCUCUGAAAUGACAUACAGUACUGAGUUGCCAAUAAAUACCUCGACAUCUUCUGAGUAUGCCAGUUCUGAUCUGCCAUCCAGCACUGAAGUGCCACUCAUUACCUCGACUCCAUACGAGUAUGCCAGCUCUGAGAUGCUGUACAGUACUGAAGUACCACUAAACACCUCGACAUCUUCUGAGUACGCCAGUUCUGAGAUACCAUAUAGCUCUGAAAUGCCCCUCAAUUCCUCAUCGUUUUAUGGGUACGCCAGCUCUGAGAUACCAUACAGCAGGGAAAUGGCCUUCAAUGCCUCAACGUCCACUGAGUACGCAAGUUCUGAUAUGCCCUACAGCACUGAAGUGCCACUCAAUACCUCGACGUCAUUUGAAAUUGCUAGCUCUGAGAUGCCGUACAGUAAUGAAGUGCCACCCAAUACCUCGACGUCAUUUGAGUACGCUAGUUCUGAGAUGCCAUACAGCACUGAAAUGCCAGUAAACACCUCGACAUCUUCUGAGUAUGCCAGUUCUGAGAUGCCAUACAGCACUGAAAUGCCAGUAAACACCUCGACAUCUUCUGAGUACGCCAGUUCUGAGAUACCAUAUAGCUCUGAAAUGCCCCUCAAUUCCUCGUUUGAUGGGUACGCCAGCUCUGAGAUACCAUACAGCAGUGAAAUGGCCUUCAAUGCCUCAACGUCCACUGAGUACACAAGUUCUGAUAUGCCCUACAGCACUGAAGUGCCACUCAAUACCUCGACGUCAUUUGAAAUUGCUAGCUCUGAGAUGCCGUACAGUACUGAAGUGCCACCCAAUACCUCGACGUCAUUUAAGUACGCUAGUUCUGAGAUGCCAUACAGCACUGAAAUGCCAGUAAACACCUCGACAUCUUCUGAGUAUGCCAGUUCUGAGAUGCCAUACAGCACUGAAAUGCCAGUAAACACCUCGACAUCUUCUGAGUAUGCCAGUUCUGAGAUGCCAUACAGCUCUGAAAUGCCACUCAAUACCUCGACGUCGUUUGAGUAUGCCAGCUCUGAGAUGCCAUACAGUACUGAAUUACCAGUAAAUACCUCGACAUCUUCUGAGAUGCUGUACAGUACUGAAUUACCACUAAACAACUCGACCUCCUAUCAAAACGCCAGCUCCGAGAUGCCAUACAGCUCUGAAGUGCCAGUAAACACCUCGGCAUAUUCUGAGUACGCUAGUUCUGAGACACCAUACAUCAGUGAAAUGGCAUUCAACGCCUCGACGUCCACUGAGUACGCAAGUUCUGAUAUGCCCUACAGUUCUGAAACGCCCUUCAAUACCUCGAAGUCGUUUGAGUAUGCCAGCUCUGAAAUGCCAUACAGUACUGAAUUGCCAAUAAAUACCUCGACGUCGUUUGAGUAUGCCAGCUCUGAAAUGCCAUACAGUACUGAAUUGCCAAUAAAUACCUCGACAUCUUCUGAGUAUGCCAGUUCUGAGAUGCCAUACAGCACUGAAUUGCCAGUAAACACCUCGACAUCUUCUGAGUAUGCUAGAUCUGAUAUGCCAUUCAGCACUGAAGUGCCACUCAUUACCUCGACUCCAUACGAGUAUGCCAGCUCUGAGAUGCCAUACAGUACUGAAGUACCACUAAACGCCUCGGCAUCUUCUGAGUACGCUAGUUCUGAGAUACCAUACAGCAGUGAAAUGGCAUUCAACGCCUCAGCGGUCACUGAGUACGCAAGUUCUGAUAUGCCCUACAGCACCGAAAUACCAUUUAACACCUCGACAUCUUCCGGCCACUCCAGUUUUGAGAUGCCAUACAGCUCUGAAAAGCCCCUCAAUACCUCGUCGUCCCAUGAGUACGCUAGUUCUGAUAUGCCCUACAGCACUGAAGUGCCACUCAAUACCUCGACGUCAUAUGAGUAUGCUAGCUCUGAGAUGCUGUACAGUACUGAAGUACCACUAAACACCUCGACAUCGUCUGAAUACGCCAGUUCUGAGAUACCAUAUAGCCCUGAAAUGCCCCUCAAUACCUCAUCGUUUUAUGAGUACGCCAGCUCUGAGAUACCAUACAGCAGUGAAACGGCCUUCAAUGCCUCAACGUUCACUGAGUACGCAAGUUCUGAUAUGCCCUACAGCACUGAAGUGCCACUCAAUACCUCGACGUCAUUUGAAAUUGCUAGCUCUGAGAUGCCGUACAGUACUGAAGUGCCACCCAAUACCUCGACGUCAUUUGAGUACGCUAGUUCUGAGAUGCCACACAGCAGUGAAAUGGCAUUCAACGCCUCAACGUCCACUGAGUACGCAAGUUCUGAUAUGCCCUACAGCACCGAAAUACCACUUAACACCUCGACGUCUUACGGUUACUCUAGUUCUGAGAUGCCAUACAGCACUGAAAUGGCCUUCAACGCCUCAACGUCCACUGAGUACGCUAGUUCUGAUAUGCCCUACAGCACUGAAGUGCCACUAAACACCUCGACAUCUUCUGAGUACGCCAGUUCUGAGAUGCCAUACAGCUCCGAAAUGCCACUCAAUACCUCGACAUUUUAUGAGUACGCCAGCUCUGUGAUGCCAUACAGCACUGAUGAGGCACUCAACACCUCAACGUCAACUGAGUACGCUAGUUCUGAUAUGCCCUACAGCACUGAAGUGCCACCAAGCACUUCGACAUCUUCUGAAUACGCCAGUUCUGAGAUGCCAUACAGCUCCGAAAUGCCACUAAACACCUCGACAUCCUAUCAAAACAACAGCUCUGAGAUGCCAUACAGCACUGAAGGUGCAUUCAACACGUCAACAUCUACAGAGUACGAUAGUUCAGAUAUGCCCUACAGCACUGAAGUGCCACUAAACACCUCGACAAUUUCUGAGUACGCUGGUUCUGUUAUGCUCUACAGCACUGAAGUGCCACUAAACACCUCGACAUCUUCCGAGUACGCCAGUUCUGAGAUGCCAUACAGCUCCGAAAUGCCACUCAACACUUCAACGUCCACUGGGUACGCUAGUUCUGAUAUGCCCUACAGCACUGAAGUGCCACUAAACACUUCGAGAUCUUCCGAGUAUGCCAGUUCUGAGAUGCCAUACAGCUCCGAAAUGCCCUUCAACACCUCAACGUCCACUGGGUACGCUAGUUCUGAUAUGCCCUACAGCACUGAAGUGCCACUAAACACUUCGAGAUCUUCUGAGUACGCCAGUUCUGAGAUGCCAUACAGCUCCGAAAUGCCACUCAAUACCUCGACAUCUUAUGAGUACGGCAGCUCUGUGAUGCCACACAGCACUGAUGAUGCAUUGAACACCUCAACGUCUCCUGAGUACGCCAGUUCUGAAAUGCCAAACAGCACUGAUGAUGCAUUCAACACCUCAACGUAUGCUGAGUACGCCAGUUCUGAAAUGCCAUACAGCUCUGAAAUGCCACACAAUAGCUCGACGUCAAUCGAGUAUGCCAGCUCUGAGAUGCCAUACAGCACUGAAGUGCCUCUCAAAACGACCUCUUUCAACUUCAAUAGCACUGAAGUGCCCUUCGACACCACAAUAUUUCCCAAUACGAGCACUGAGGUUUCUCUGAAGAGAAAGCGACGAAGUGAAUCUGAUUGCGACGAUUCUUCAUACUCAAACUCUCUUUCAAUAAUUGCACCCUUCUUCAGUGACAUCGGAACUCAAGACAAUCUGCUGGAUUAUGAGUGCAUCCUGAAUUAUGAUAACGACUUUAAUUGGUGGGAUGUCGAGAGGAUUUGUAGCUAUUACUGGCAGGCUCGAGAGGGCACUGGGACUGGAAGAAGCUAUUAUCAGUGGCUUCUGGACGAUUACGUGGCGGACGAGGAGUUGCGUGACCAGAUAAACGAACACGGCCGAACCCCUAUUGACAAAGCAGAACUGGUCUCAAUGGGGGCGAAGUUUGACGACGAUCUGACUCAAAACAUAAUGGGCGAAGAUACUAAAUAUUUGAACUUGGCGAACAAUAUCUUCAAGCGUGAAAUGAGUGAAGCAGAUUUGCUAGUGGUCACGGGGAUGGUUGGAACUACACAUGAGUUUGAGGCCACGUGGGGGUUUGUGGCCACGUGGUACAAAGUGGGAACUUAUCCUAUUAGAGUGGACGCCUUCAAUAGCUUCCAGGCUAUGUUAGUUUGUGAUGACAAAGGUACUGUUGAGGACGAGAGUGACGACAGGUGUCUCACUAUCUUCGACUUCUUCCAGCUGCAGUGGACUUUCAACUUCUGGUCGUCCUCCUCCCAAAGAAGUGGCUUCAAUGACGGACAUGGUUUUAUAUACGAACUGCCAUCAUCUGGUACAGCGGAAGUACGCAACUUGUGGGCUCAAAGCAACAUCGGCAUCAUGGGUAUGUGGGUGUUCGAAAUGGGCCAGAAUCUGAACGAACCCUUCGUACUCCCGGGCGGCAAACUAUCCUCGGGACUCCUGGACAUGUCACAAAUUUGUUCUGGAGAUAUCUCUCCAAAAAUGGCUAAUAUGAUGAAAACGCAGCAAAGUCUGAAGAUCCAUAAAUGCGUGAUGCCGGCAUUCACCACAUUAGAGUUGCAGUUUUCAGGCAGUAUCUUCCAGAUAAGAAAACCGGCAACUUUCCAUGUGAACUCAAUGCAAAUAAGAGGAACGUUCCCAGAUGUGUGGGGAGUCGACGAGCAAGUGUCGGUUGAAUUGGUCAUCGACUCCGCGCUGAUCAUGGGAUCCCAAUCUGUUUAUUUUUUCUCCCCUAACUCCAGGGCCGCCUCGGCUGUCGAUGCAUGGCAGGGAGAUGGAAACAUCCAAAUCGAUUGGACCCAGCAGCAGUCUAUGUUUGAUACUAGCGUGGCUGUGGAAUUGGAAGUUAUUACAGUCACUGCAAUGAAUCCAAGUGGUAUGACUUUCCAGAGUUUUGCUGUUCCUCUGUCACCUGGCACGAACUCCUACACGUACACAAUGCCUCCUGCAAAUCAGAACUCCGCUUUCUUUAAUACAUUCUCCGUCAAGCAAAACAACGUGCGAGCUACAUCUAUGCCAGUUAUGCAAGCUCCCACUCUCUCUUGUGACAGCUGGGCUGCACAGGAAUCAGAACAGGAUCUCUCGAAGUGCAUCUCGGAGGCAGGCAAAUGGUACGGCUGUCCUCGUCAAAUCGACACUGGUCGCUGGUGGCGCAACGACAACUUCCCAGAUGAAGACUUCGCACGCGAAGAGGUGCGGGCCGGAAUGGCCGGUUGGAAGUACGACAUAUGUUGCAGUGAUGACUCACUGACACGAGAAAGACUGGAAAGUUCGAACUUCUGUGGAACAACGAGCUGCGAAUUCAAUUCAGGGGCCGAGUUUUGUAUUCGAUCUCCGAGACUGGCUUGCUUAGAACAGAACAGCAAAAGCAAAGUGCUGUAUGUUUCGAAUCAAUGUUGUUACAACACAGCCGGGAAUCUAAUUCAGCCAGGUGAAGCAGGAGCAGGGAGGUUGAAUCUCCAGGAGAACUCCGUGAAAAACAUGGUUGCUCAUUACUGGUCCGACUUGCUGCCUUAUAAGGUAUGUUGCGCAGAUGCUUCGUCAUCCGACUGUGAGACAUACAAAACAUACCGUCCGACUAUCAUUGGUGGAUAUUGGCCAAGAAAUAUUCUGAUUGGACGAGGCGACCCGGAUUUCCAAACGGUAGAUGGUCUUAGUUACCCCUUUAACGGACUUGGCGUUUACGUUAUGCUUACGACAUCGAUGGAGGAGCCGACUAAUGUACAUAUAAGCACGAGACGAGUUGGCUUAGGUUCAGUGUUCUCGGGUUUCGCGGCUCAAUAUAAGUCAAGCAAAUUACAGGGUUACAUAAAUGAAAACGGAACUUUCUAUCUGAAGAUCAACAAUCGCGAAAUAUCUCGUGAAGAUCCUUCUGAAUUCACAUUGGAUAAUAUUACAAUGAGUGUUAAUGAUGACAGGUCGACCUUCACAUUUGAGUUCGAUGAAGCUAGUUUGAUUAUCAGAGUGGUCAUUAAUUUGGGGGGAAUCAAUGCUCUGAAUUUGAUGUUCUCAGUGCCUCCCACUUUCAAGUGGAGGGCAGACGGACUGUUGGGUCAUUAUGACGGAGAGAGCUGGAAUGACUUCACGACAUCAGCUGGAAUGGUGAUUGCGAACGACACGGAUUACGACAAUCUGCACCGGAUUUUUGGGAACAGUUGGGAGGUGACCAGCAGAAAUGACUGGCUCUUCUCAGACUCCCGCAUGAAUGACCUGAUUCACUACGACAUCCAGAAGGGAUCGCCCUUCACUCCCUCCUAUGAUAUUGUGUUUGACAGCGAAGAAGAGAGAAUAGCUGCUGAAAUAGCCUGCAAGAAUGAUACAGCCUGUAUACGAGAUGUCUCUCUAACCAGAGAUCUCUCAUUCGCCACAGUCGUGUUCCAAUCAGUCGAGCAGAGUGUGAAGGAUGCCGAGCGAGCGAACGAAUUGUUCCGAGUAAACGAACCCGAGUGGACUCCCGAGGAACCACAGUCUGAAGAAGAAGUUGGUUACGCAAUGACACCGGGAAUGGUUAGCGUCAAAGUGUUCAUUGCUAUGCUUAUAGCUAACCGGCUAAUAAUCUGCUACGGGAUAAAGUAACCCGAUCAGGAAAAUGGUUCAAUUAAGAAAUGAAAUUUUAAUUUAACAUCUUUCCUUCCUUUUUAAAGAUAAAAUCAUGUUAACUUCUCAAAAAAAUUUUUUUUGGCGUAAGCGCCAAAAAACUGAAUAAAUUCUAUCAACGUCUUGUCUUGCCUGGCUAAAAAUUACUGUUGAAAAUGAAGAUGAUUACAAUACAGAGUUUUUAUUGAUGUUGGUGCUGAAUAUUGUACAUUUGCUGCAUAUUACAUUGUAUAUUUUUGAAUAAUUGAAAUAUUUUUGUUUAUUAACA